CUGUCGUUGACAUUAUUUUGACGUUUAUUUCCGUAAAUACUCCGUUUGUUUAUUACAAUGAUUUAACCGCUCACCCCGUCCCCACGAACCCAUUCCACCCUCAAAACCCCCAAAAUGGUGAUAUUGCAAUUGGAAGAGCAGCCCCCCAUAGUCCAGGCCAUCUUCGUAGGCGGCGAACCGGAAAGAAUUAAAGACCUCAUUAAAAUCAAACAAGACGUCAAUUGCUUAGAUUGCGAUAAACGCACCCCACUACACGCUGCAGCUUUUAAAGGAGACGCAACAAUAGCCUCAGUCCUGCUUUCAAACGGGGCUCGCGUAAACGCUAAAGACAGCAAAUGGAUAACCCCACUUCACCGCGCAUGUUCCAUUGGUUCCAGUGAGACAGUUUCCGUUUUAUUGUAUUAUCACGCAGAAGUGAAUGCGCGAGAUAAAUUGUGGCAGACCCCACUUCACGUGGCUGCUGCAAAUGGGGCCUACGAAUGUGUAGAGCAGUUGCUGGACCACGUUCCAAAUCCGAAUGUUACGGAUAGGGCGGGGCGAACUGCGCUACAUCAUGCUGCUUAUAACGGUCAUACGGAUAGCGCAGAGCUGUUGAUGUCAAGGGGGUGCAUUGUUAAUGCGUAUGAUAAAAAGGAUUGUAGGCCUUUGCAUUGUGCUGUGCAGAUGGGCCACAUGGAUACAGUGGAGUUGCUCUUGAAGUAUAAAGCUGAUAUUAAUGCGAAAGAUAGAAAUCAGUAUACACCGCUACAUGUAGCGGCUGCGGGGGGUACGGAUAUAGUUUGUCGACUUUUGAUAGGUAAUGGGGCCGAUGUUAACGCACAAAACGUGUUUGGGAACACGCCUUUACACAUCGCUUGUUUGAAUGGGCACCAUUUGGUUUGUCAAGAGUUGGUGAAUUCGGGGGCGGAUAUUGAAGCUGUGAAUUACAGGGGGCAAACGCCUCUGCACAUCGCAGCAGUUAGUACAUAUGGGGUUGAUUGUAUGAUGUUAUUAUUGACUCAGAAGGUGGAUAUUAAUCGGCAAAGCUUAGAUGGUAGGACUCCGUUACAUAUGACUGCGAUCCAUGGUAGGUUUACAAGGAGUAAGAUUUUGAUUGAUAAAGGGGCCACAAUCGACAGCCCUGAUAAAAAUGACUGUACCCCUUUACACAUAGCGGCGAGGUAUGGCCAUGAUCUUCUCACCAAUACAUUACUGUCAUAUGGUGCCAAUCCAUCACAACGGGGCUACGAGGGACGGCAGUCCUUACACAUGUGUUGUUUAGCAGGUUACGUUGAAUGUUGCCGAAAAUUACUCCAAGCAGGGGUCGAUUUAAACGCUUUAGACGACUCAGGGAAAACACCUACACAUUGUGCUGCUUAUAGAGGUUCUGUAGAAUGUUUAGAUUUGUUGGUGAGUAAUGGGGCGAAUUUUCACCUCACGGAUAACAUUGGGCGCCUUCCGUUACACUAUGCUGCGUCUCAGGGACAUUACCAGUGUGUUUUUACUCUUGUUGGUAUUGGUAGUCUUACAAAUUCUGUCGAUAUGGAGGGAUGCACUCCGCUGCAUUUGGCGUCAGGGUAUGAUACAGAGGGGAAAUGUAUCGAGUAUCUUCUUCAGCAUAAAGCUGAUCCUUUUGUCAAGGAUCGACGGGGUUUUACCCCUUUACACUACGCUAUGGCUGGGGGUAACAUCGCGGGAGUUAGUCGAUUGUUGGGCGUGAUUGAAAAUUCUACGCUUUUCCAGCAAGCGGAUAUGCCUGAUGUUACACCACUCCAUCUAGCGGCCAAAUUAGGCAACAUUAACGUAAUGCGCGCAAUUCUCAGCUACUAUCAUGACGUCAACCUCCAAACUGAACAAGGCCUCACUCCUCUCAUCCUAGCAGCCCGUGAAGGCCACGUUCAAUGCGUCCACAUUCUCCUCAGGUUCGGUGCCAAAGUGGCUCUCUGUGAUAACCUCAACGGCAUGACCGCCGUACACUACAGUGCAAAAAACGGACACUCACAAUGCCUGACUUUACUCUUACACAAUAGCGAAGAUCGAAACGUCAUCGACAUGCUCGACGAGUACAAACGCACAGCAUUGAUGUUAGCCGUAUCGGGGAACCACAUAGAAUGCGUCCAGACUCUGCUCAAGUGCGGAGCAGACCCCAACGUCGUGGACGACGAUAAACAUUCCUGUUUGUUUAGAGCGGUAGUGACGGGCCAGAAUAGCAUGGUACAACUCCUAUUAACGAACAACGCAAGAGCAGAUUGCAUGGACUGUCACGGGAAAAGUGUCCUCCAUCUUGCAGCGGCCUGCGGCCAUCUUGUUUGUUUGCAGACAAUUCUCGGGUAUUUAAGCGAUAAGGACACUUCCCUCUUGGACCAUCAAGAGUGCUCGGCGUUACACUGGGCCUGCUAUAACGGCAACGCCAACUGUGUCGAAUUCCUCUUAGAGAACAACGUUUUCGAGAAACUGGAAGGGAAUCCGUUCUCGGCGGCCCAUUGUUCAGCAUUUGCAGGCUCGGAACGUUGCCUCGACUUGCUUUUCCAGAAAUUUGGGAACGAUAUUGCCAAUUUAAGAGACUCACGUGACCGUACACCUUUACACAUUGCCGCGUUGCACGGACACGUAGAAUGUGCCAAGCUUUUAAUCGAAAAGGGUGGGGAUGUGAGAACACGUGACGAAGAUGGGCGGACACCGUUGAUCGCUGCUGCUCAAUACGGACAAGUCAGUUUCGUCGAGUAUUUGUUGAGUAAUGGCGACGUCGAGAGAUGCGCACAAGAUAAUCAAGGCAAUACGGCACUCCACUGGUCUUGCUACCGGAAAUACAAUAAUAUUGCCUUGCUUUUGCUUGAAAAUAGCGAAGAUACGGAGUUUACCAAUCUCACAAACAGUGAUGGGAAAACGGCGCUUCAUUUAUCCUCUCGCAAUGGUUUAGUGGACGUGACCAAAGAACUUCUCCAAAAAGGGGCUUCCGUGACAGCUGUAGAUAACGAGGGUCUGACACCAGCGUUGUGUUGUGCUCCUAACCUAAACGUCGCUCAAUGUUUGGCGUUAAUCUUACGAAACCUGCCCAAAGAAAACGUGUACAAUGGUCCUUCAGCCUUAAAUCUUCAUAUACACGAUGAACAAUGAGCACGGGCCCAAGACGGACCCUUGCCGUAGUAUAAGAUGCAAUCACUAAAUAUCGUUAACUGUAACUAAAUUACAGGUUUAGAUUUGUGAUAUUGACGAAUUUUGUACAUUGUCACAAGUUGCUUUAAUCUCGUGAUAAUUUUAGCUUUUUAUAAUGUAGUUUAACAUUUUUUACCUUUGGAUGUCAUUACCAUUUUAAUCUUACGGUGCUAAUUUUUUGACAAGUGGAAAUCGAGUAUCGGUGGCAAUUUUCGUGUACUUAUAUUUCUAACUCGUUUGUAACUCUGCUAGUCGCUUUUUUGUUCGUUUUUACCAGGAAACAAAGUGUUCAAAUAACAGUUUUGGUAUGACAUGUAGUAUUUAUUGCGAUUUUACAGUUUUUAAUAAAACUUCUAAAACCAA